AAAAUUUAAACCCACCGCGGUGGUCAAAAGAAACCAGUACAUAUGCCUCCUUCUCAUCAAAGGGCACCUUGUCAAGUGUGCAAGAAGAAUGAGAUGAAAUAUACGUGUUCAGUUUGUGCUGCUCUGUACUGCUCUGUACCCUGUUACAAGCAGCACAAAGAAUCUUCAUGUACCGCGAGGACGCAAGAACCGUCCAAUGCUGGGUACGACAGCCACGAGACAUUCACCCCCCCACCAUCACAAGAAGAGAGUACCCUUGAAACAAUACUCGAAGAGCCCAAACCUCUGAAACCAUUAACAUCUUUGAGAUGGCCCUAUGUUCCUGAUGAAUCCAGCUAUCCCGAUCCUCUGGAAAGAGACGAUCCUAAGCCACUCCAACUUCGCCAUUAUGAAUCGAUAGCAACCUCGGCCGAGGUCCGCAAAAGUCUUGAAAGUCAUCCGAACCUCCAAAGUAUUCUCAAGUCCAUCGACAGUCUCAAGGGAUAUGAGCGGGAGAGUACUCUGCAACGAGCUCUCGGUGUACAGGCUCCUUCAAUCGGAAAUGACACGAAAGUCAACCUUGAUGAAGAUGUCCUUGCACUAAGAGCGUUUGCUGAGGCUAUUGAAACAGCUAUUAGAGGAGAGCGGGUCGGAGCAUUAGGUUUGGACUGGGGUGAUUAAUCACCAAAUAUUCAAUAAUUAUUGAGCACAUUUCUACACUACAUGCAGGACACUCAAAAAUUGACGUAACA